UUCCCUCUUUCCGCAUCGGCGGCUUCCUCCACCGCUUUUUCACGCCUCCGGCGGCAGACCCGGACCAGCACCACGCCGCCGGUCCGGCCAUGAUUGUCCACCCCCGCCUGCCCCCCUACCUCGCUGCGGCUGCCGCCCUCUUCCUCGCGUCCGCCCUCGCGCCGCCCGCCGCCGGGGACCCCUUCGGCCAGGUCUGCGGCGCGAGCGGCAACUACACCCUGAACGACACCUACCAGGCCAACAUCCAGCGCCUCGCCGCCACGCUGCCCAAGAACGCCUCCCAGGCGCUCUUCGCGAAGGCCAGCCUCGGCGUCGUGCCAGACGUCGUCUACGCGCUCGCGCUCUGCCGCGGCGACGUCAACGCCUCCGCGUGCGCCUCCUGCGUCGCGACGGCAUUCUCGGACGCGCAGCAGCUCUGCGCCUACAACAGGGACGCCACCGUCUUCUACGACCCCUGCCUCCUCCGCUACUCCAACCAGAACUUCCUCGACUCCAUCAAUAGCGGCGGCAACGUAUUGUUCGUACUAAUGCCCUCCCGAAACGUGACCACGUCGGGCAUUCAGUAUGUCGCCGUCACGAGCGUCCUCGACACCGGCGACCCCAUCCUCAUCCUCCUCAACACGCAGAACGUCACCUCGCCCUUCAGGGUCUUCGACGCCGCCGUGGCCGUGCUCGUCAACGCCACCGCCCGCUACGCGGCCGCCGACGCGUCCAGGAGGUUCGGCACGGCGGUCGAGGCGUUCCAGACCUUCGACAGCCAGAACCCGAGGAUAUACGGCCUGGCGCAGUGCACGCCGGACAUGACCGCGGCGGACUGCCGGACCUGCCUUGCGGGCAUGACUCAGAUGGGUCCCCAGUAUUUCAGCGGGAAGCAGGGAGGCAGGAUUCUCGGUCUGCGCUGCAACUACAGGUAUGAGCAGUACCCCUUCUUCUCAGGCGGCCCGCUACUCCAGCUGCCGGAGCCACCCGUGGGGGCGCCGGCGCCGGUGAACGCGACGCCGACGCCGGCGACGACGACAAGAGGACGAGGAAACCGGACUGCUAGAGUUUUAGCUAUUAUACUGCUAAUAGUCAUCAUGAUGCUGGGUACUGUAGUAGUUUUCUAUCGUCUCUGGAGGAGGAGGAAGAAACCAGCAGGAAAAUUAUUACUGAUUGUAAAUCCAGAGGAUAUACGAAGUAUUGAUUCACUCAUGAUUGAUCUACCAACUCUACGAGCCACAACAGAAAACUUCGAUGAAGGCAAGAAACUCGGUGAAGGAGGGUUUGGUGCAGUUUAUAAGGGGGUCCUCCCUAAUGGUCGAGAAAUUGCAGUUAAAAGGCUUUCACAGAGUUCUCGGCAGGGAAUGAAGGAGUUGAAAACUGAGCUUGUUUUGGUUGCCAAGCUUCAACACAAGAAUUUGGUCAGGCUUGUUGGCAUAUGCUUGGAAGAACCCGAGAAGUUACUUGUGUACGAAUACAUGCCCAACAAUAGUCUCGACACCUUUCUUUUUGAUCCUGAUAAAAGCAAUGAGUUAGAUUUGGAUAAGAGAUUCAUGAUAAUCAAUGGGAUUGCUCAAGGCUUGCAGUAUCUUCAUGAAGAGUCUCAACUGAAGAUAGUUCAUCGGGACCUAAAAGCGAGCAACGUUCUGCUGGACUCUGACUUCAAUCCGAAGAUAUCAGACUUUGGCUUAGCAAGACUAUUUGGAAGUGACCAAUCACAAUAUGUUACAAAUCGUGUCGUUGGAACCUAUGGUUACAUGGCACCUGAGUAUGCUAUGCGUGGGCAUUACUCUAUCAAAUCAGAUGUGUUUAGCUUUGGUGUUUUGAUGUUAGAGAUCGUCGCAGGAAGAAGGAACGGCGGCUCAUAUGGCUCUGAGCAACAUGAUCAUCUCCUAAGUUUGGUGUGGGGACACUGGACCAUGGGAACAGUUCUGGAGAUAAUGGAUUCAUCCUUGAGCGACCAUCCUAGUGUGGACCAGAUGUUGAAGUGCAUCCAUAUAGGGCUUCUAUGUGUUCAACACAACCCCGCGGAUAGGCCCAUGAUGUCAACUGUGAAUACCAUGCUUAACAGCAGCACUGUGCCACGCCAAGCUCCAUCCAGGCCAGCAUUUUGCUUCCAAAAGAGUGGAACUUCGCAGUGCACAAGCAGGUCGGAAGUGUCAGCGAACGAAGUUACAAUUACUGAACUUGAGGCAAGAUAGGUCGUCCCAAGGAACUGUUGCAAAAUGUUAACUAGCAUUGCCUAAGGUUAAUUUGGUACUGAGAUAGAGACAUGCUAGUACUACAUAUAUUGUAUAUUCAUAUGGUGAUCAACAAACCCUACAUAACUUGGGCAGAUAUUUUGCAAGCUGUAACUAUGCAUAUAUAUGAAUACAUGUUAGAACUUUUGUGGCGCAUCGUUAUUGUAUUUGCCUAGCCAAUGUACUUCCCAAUGCAGUCUGGGGGCUAAUAAAAAGAGCUACCAUACUUAUUUAAGAGGAUAAAA